AUGCUCGCCGUAAUCGGGCUGGGCCUCACAAAAGCGUCCAUUCUCAUUCUGAUUCGAGGCAUCUUCUCUGUUUCGCGUCCGUUUCGUCAUCUCUGCAACGCUAUGCUCUUUGUCGUAGCGGCCUGGACGAUUUCCUUCUUCUUCAGCAAUCUGUUCACUUGCUUCCCCGUCACCCCGCUCGUUGAGCCGUUCUACGGCAACAAGUGCAUCAAUGGACUGGCCAUGUGGUAUGCCGGCUGUAUUAGCGAUGUUGUUGUCGACCUGAUCAUUCUCGUCAUACCGCUGCCGAUGAUCUCGCAGCUCAAACUGCCACUGAGGCAGAAGGUGGCAAUCGGCGCCAUCUUUUUGCUGGGCACGACGGUUGUUGUCAUUAGCAUCACGCGGAUGGCCAUGUAUUUCCACGUGGGAACGACGUUCAGGGAACACUAUAACGACAUGACUUAUUACACCUCCCCUGUCUUCUUCUGGACGAAUAUCGAGAUCUCUUUGGCCGUGAUCUUGGCCUGCCUUCCGACUCUGCGGCCCGUUUGGACUGUCCUCUCCGGUGGCCGUGCAAGGAAGAGCAGUACGUAUCGCCCUUAUGAUGAAAUCGAACCGGAGAACAGCGAGCGUAUGAGACGCGUCAAGCCCACGCUCGACACUAUUGACCGGCUGGAAAGCAGUAUUGCGCUGGUCAAGGUUCCUGCGGGACCGAGGUAG